AUGUGGUCUCCCGACAAGUUUGAGAACAUGGGAACUGACGAGGAAUGGACCGCCGUCACCAUGGCGUCAGGCGACGGCCUUGAACUCGUCUCCCCUGAGCUGGAAAAGGGGGAACUACAUCUGGUUGAGGAGGGCCACGCCGAAAUGUCUUCCAACGAGUCCAUCACCACUCUGCGAGAGGGCUCAGACGAGCUCGAGCAACGGAGAAUCGACAUCGAGAAGCUCGGCCGAGAGCGACCAGCGACCUUUUCGUCAACAUGGCUUGAGAUAGCCUUUGUCACGGCGAUGCUAGUGUCUCUGUCCAUGGCGGAAUUUGUUAUCGGCGGCUUCCAAGUCGUUUUGCCCGCGCUCGUUGAACCCUUCGGCAUUCCCCCGUCGUCUCAGACGUGGCCGUCGAGCGUGUUGACCCUGGUGGCCGGCUCAUUCCUCUUUCCGCUGGGUCGCGUUACCGACAUGUACGGGGGAUACGUCGUCUUCAACAGCGGGCUGAUCUGGUUUUCGAUCUGGGUCAUCGCCGCAGGAUUUGCCCAAAAUUUCACCACACUGGUCCUGUGUCGUGCCAUGGAGGGGCUGGGAGCGGCCGCAUUCCUCCCAGCAGGCAUCUCCCUGCUCGGCACCAUCUACCGGCCCGGCCCCAGGAAAAACCUCGUGUUUGCCCUCUACGGCGCCACCGCGCCGUUAGGGUUCUUUUCGGGCAUCAUCAUCGGCGGUCUAGCGCAAGAUCUGCUGCAGUGGCGCUGGUACUUCUGGAUCGGCGGCAUCGUCACCGGGCUCUGCUGCGCUGCGGCGCUGUUGACAUCGCCGCGCGACUACACCGAGGCCCGCAAGAUGAAGGUCAAGAUGGACUGGUGGGGGACGUGCACCAUGAUCCCCGGCCUGAUGCUGACCAUCUACUCCAUCACCGAGAGCAGCCAUGCGCGCCGCGGCUGGUCUUCCCCGGAGAUUGUCUCGACUCUCGUCCUGGGGCUCGUCUUCCUCGCGGCCACUGUUUACGUGGAGGGAUGGGUCGCAACGGCGCCACUCAUUCCUGCCGACAUAUUCCGCGUCAAGUACAUGAAACGGAUGCUCUUCUGCCUGCUCCUCUCGUGGGGCGUAUUUUCGGUAUACCUGUUUUACUCCAAUUUCUACAUCGAGACCAUCCUGGGGAAGUCGGCAUUGGUCACCGCCGUUUGGUUUGCGCCGUGGGCAGCCAGCGGAGUUAUUCUGUCGACGUUUGCCGGACUCAUCCUCCACGUCUUCCCUGGUCGCGUACUGCUCAUUUUCUCUGGCAUUUGCAAGGUCGUUGCUGUGCUUCUCUUUGCCCUGAUUCCAGAAAAUCCGAAUUACUGGGCAUGGGUAUUUCCUGCCAUGGUCUGCGAGGCGGCCUGUGUGGAUGUGCUCUGGACAGUGAGCAACGUGUUUCUGACCACGAGCUUGCCCCGUCACCGCCAGGGCAUGGCUGGUGCAGUCAUAACCAUCACAGUAUUCGUCGGUGGGGCACUCGUGCUGGCCAUCGCGGACGUGGCCAAGGGCCAGUUUGAAGCCGCGGGUAUGGAAGUCAAGGCGCAGUACAAGGGAGUAUUCCUGAUUGGCGCCGGCCUUGCAGUCCUGGCCCUAAUUUCCUGCAGUUGCAUCAAGCUCGGCAAGGCGGGAUGUGCUCUGACGGUCGACGAGAAGGAACAGGAAAAGGAAAAGGAGCAAAAGGUCGAAGAGCGCCCUGGACUACCCCGGCGCAACACGCAGAGCUCGGACGCGACGGCCGUCGACUCUGACGCUGAGAUCAUGGGAACCCUAGAGGCCGACAGCGAGAAGACGGCUGUCGUAGCCAUGUCUCCCCUAGACGCAGCCAGGAAGUAG